AUGUCUAGGGGCAAGCUUCUAGUCUACCUGGUCCGCCGCGACCUGAGGAUCGCAGACAAUCCCAUCCUUCAUCACCUGGCCACCACUGACCAUGGCUUCUCGCACUUUCUCCCUAUCUUCGUCCUGCCACCCCACCAGAUCGAAGUCUCGGGAUUCCUCGCCGAGGAUGAAGAGUCUCCCUAUCCUCCAGCACUGAGUAAAGUCGGCAAAUUCUGGAGAUGUGGCCCCAACCGAGCCAAGUUCCUUGCCCAGUCCAUCUGGGACAUGAAGCAAUCCUUGGAGACUUUGGAGAGCGGGCUUGCCAUCAGGGUAGGACGCUACGAGGAUGUUGUGUCAAGCAUUAUCGAGUCUCUCGAGGACUCCCAUCACUCCAUGGGUGCGGUGUGGAUGACGGAAGAAAAGUCAUUCGAGGAGGAAGAAGAUCAAAAGGCCGUGUCCAACGUCUGUAACCUCAACCGCAUCGACUUCAAGUUGUGGGAAGACGAAAAGUAUUUCAUUGACGACCGUGAUACGGGGUUAAAAGACCCUCAAGAUCUUCCAGACAUCUUCACCACGUAUCGCAAGACCCAGGAGCCUCUCCUUCAUCGGCCACGACCCUCAUUGCCCUGCCCGGUGGUAUCAACAUUGCCGCCUCUCCCGCCAGCGACAUGGGCACCCCCUCAGAAGAUGCCGUUCGUGGAGCCCAAAACUUACGAUGAUUUCGAGGAUCGACUUCUAGAACCCAUCCAAAACAUGCUCGCCAAACCUCCAGUCUACCCCCACGAUGCUCGGUCUGCUCAUCCUUUUCUAGGAGGCGAGAGCCAGGGGUGGGACCGCCUCUUCUAUCUGUGCAGAACCGGCGGCAUGGUACACUACAAGGAGACUCGCAAUGGGCUUGUUGGAACGGACUAUAGUACGAAACUUGCGGGCUACCUAGCACUAGGUUGCCUCACUGCUCGCCAAGUCCAUGGAGAGUUGUUGAAACUGGAGAAUGGCUUGGAGCCGGCAUAUGCUUUGGCCCAGGGAUUCGGCAAGGGCGAAUGCGAAGGGACCAAGGCUGUACGGUUCGAGCUUUUGUGGCGAGACUACAUGCGCCUCUGUACCAUGAAGUUUGGCUAUCGACUGUUUCGACUCUCGGGAUUCAAGGGAGAACAAUUGGGGUCGGACACUUCAGAGCCAAAGUACGACAAGGUAUGGAAAUCUCCUGAUGAGGAGAUUGCAGCAGAAGGCCAAGACCCUCCACCCGAACAGAUCAAGACCAUCCUCGAUCGAUUUCUGGAGGGAAAUACCGGCAUGGGCCUCAUCGAUGCCGCUCAGCGAGAGCUAUACCACACCGGCUAUACAUCGAAUCGGGCGCGACAGAAUGUUGCUAGCUUCUUCUCCAAACAUCUCGGUAUUGAUUGGCGCUACGGAGCGGAGUGGUAUGAAGCCAUGUUGGUCGACUACGAUGUUUCGUCCAACUGGGCCAACUGGCAGUACGUGGCUGGAGUGGGCAACGAUCCACGAGGAGAUGCCCGUAUUUUCAAUCCAGUCAAACAGGCUUUCGACUAUGACAACAAUGGACAGUUCGUCCGUACUUGGGUCCCUGAAGUCAAACACCUCGUGAAGCUGGAGAAUGUAUUUCAGGUGUGGACCUCCAAUGAGGAGGACCUGGAGAAGUUCGGACUUACGGAUGACGUGAUGGUUACCGAUCCCAUCCACAAGAUUGAGUUCAUGAUUGACCGCAAACCCCGUCCCCCUCGCAGACACAAUCGCUGGAAGAGAGGCUCAGGCCGCGGCGGCGGUACCCGCCGCGUUGGGUCCGCACAAACAGAGAAUGAUGUCAGUACUGGGGCACAUCGUAACGUCUCUACCUCCCCGGAUGGCGAUGGACAGUACUACGGUGGCGACAUGAUGUAUGUCCCUGUCAGUGGAAGUCCGACGCCACGGGGUAACUGGAAUCCGCGAGGUCGAGGAGGAGGCUCGUGGAGAAGCAAUGCGCCACCUGGGUUGGUUCCUGGUGGCACAGGGGCCGCCUGGCCGUUCUCACACCCUCCAUAUAUCCCCCCACCACGGCAGUUUAUUCAUCCUCACCCUCAAAUCGACUCCCGCCCACACCCUGACGUUCAGUUCCAUCCUCCCUGCAUGCAGGCUGUAUACGCUACAGGCUCGUACCCUCAACCUUCGUUCCUUACACCCUCGUUCUCUCCCCCUCCAUAUCCCCACCAUCUUGCACACCUACGCCCCCCCGUCUAG